AUGCAAGUAAGAAAGCCGGAUGACAAAUUAUAAUUGUAGAUGUAAUUGCUUGGAGAAGAUGAUAUCAAUGUAGCUUCGCUGCAAAAAAAUUUUACCAACAUCGAAAUAAAGAUAGGCUUAUUUGAGAAAGGAGUUCGAGAUCAUGUACAAACUAAUUAUCUAAUAGAAGAAGAAUUAGAAUAAAUUAGAAACGAGGAAUCGAAUAAAUUUGAGAUAUAUCCAAUAAUAAAAAAAUCAGAUUAAAAUCUAUACAUAGAUAAGGCAUUCAAGAAAUAGCAAAGAAAAACCUCCAAAAGCAAAAGAAUAAGCUUGGACAAAUGUGACAAUGAAAGUAAUUCUUCACUAGGAUUCAUUGAACAGCAAAAUAAUAAAGAAAGAUUAAAAAUUUCUGAUAGUAAUAAAAAAAAUUCACUGCUUUCGAUAAAUAACCCUGAAAAGCGAAAACUUCUUGGACGAAAGUAUAACUCAAGUAGCUAUAAUAGCCAUAAUAAUGCAGUUCAUUAGUAAGAUCGAUAAGAAUCUAAGCUAGAAAAUUAACUUGAGAUUGAGCUCAGCAGAAGAAGAAAGAGGUCUACUCCAGUUAGAACUACAUAGGAUUAAAAUCAAUUAAGAAAGUAGAUUAAAGAUUAAUAUUUAAGGGAAAAUAUUCAUUAAAAAAGAAUACGAUUCGGCAUUCUAAAGGAAACAACUUUAACUAUUUCUCAGAACAAUCAAGCAUUCUCCAGCCAAAUAAUUGAGAUUCCAUAAGUUCAGAGUUAGAAAAAUUAAAUAGUGAAAUCAAAGAUGAGGGAUCAAUAAAAAAUGGAAUGUUUAAGCGCCUAUUUUCCAUAUUCAGACCUUCAUAAAUAAAUUAAGUAGUUGAAAUAUCAGAUAGUAAGCAUGCUUCAAAAUAACAUCUUAAAAAAUUACCCACUGCGGAUGAGAUUACUUCUCUACACUUGUAUUUAAUGUCCUUACUCGAUUGCUUUUUUGGAUCCUACUGAUCAUGAUUGGAGAAUAAUAAAUGCGAUUGUAGAUUCCAUUUUCUUGAUGGAUAUUAUCAUAAACUUCAUCUCCCCUUUCUAUGACAAAGAAUUUGAGCUUGUAGAUGAUUAAUCAGUUAUAGCAAAAAAAUACUUAUGCUCUUGGUUUCCAAUUGAUUUUCUCUCUAUAAUUCCAUUUGACUUGCUCUAUGAAACUAGUGGCUUUAAUAGAAUGUCGAGAGUUAUAAGAAUAGGAAAAAUCUACAAAAUAGUAAAGAUGACUAGGAUGGUGCGAAUGCUGAAAAUUGUAAAGGAGAGAAGUAGGUUUGUCAAGUAUCUGAACUAGGCACUUUAAAUUGGAAUAGGAUUUGAAAGACUAAUUUAUUUACUUUUGAUGUUUUUGGUAAUGUGCCAUGUUACAGCUUGUCUUUGGAUUUUUGUUGCAAAAUAUGAAGCUUCAGGUAAAAAUUGGAUUACCCAGAAUGGAUAUGAGGGAGAUGACAAUUAUACUAUCUACAUAACUUCUUUCUAUUUCACAGUAACAACGAUAGUUACUGUAGGAUAUGGAGAUAUUCAUGCUUAUAGCAUAGGUGAGAAGUAUAUGUCAAUUAUUCUUAUGAUAAUAGGAGUUAUCUCCUUCUCAUUUGCUACUGGAGCUCUCUCUAAUAUAAUCUCAAAUUAUGAUGCGUCAUAAGCUCAUCUUAAGGAGAAAAUGGCUACACUCAACGAUAUUAGAACCAAAUAUGAAAUUGAUCCAGAAUUAUUUGAUGAGCUAAGAAAGACUGUAAAAUAUGAUCAUAGUAAAAACUACCACGAUGUCACAAAAUUUAUGAAAGAACUUCCCUAUAAACUUAAAAUUGAACUUGCUCUUGAAAUUCACAAGGGAAUAUACAGAGAAAUCGAAUUCUUUAAAAAACAGGACAAGAAUUUCAUUGUAUGGGUUUGCCCACUUCUAAGGCCUUUCUUAGUUUCUGAAUAAGACUAUAUCUUUAAAGAGGGAGACGACAUCAAAGAAAUCUAUUUUCUUGAAAAAGGAGUAGCAGGCUAUGUUUUACCAAGAUUUGACAAUACUAUUUACAUUUAAGUGGACAAAGGGGAUCAUUUUGGAGAGCUAGAUUUGGUUUACGAUCCUAUGAUAUUAGAUGACCAAAUCAAUAUUAAAAAGAAAACACAAAAGAAUAAGGAUAUUUUUAGAAGAUUUUCAAUAUAGGCAGUGAUCAAUUGUGAGCUUCUGAUACUCACAAUAGAUGACAUUGACAAAAUGAAGCUUGAAUUUCCAGAGGUCUUUGACGAUCUCUUCAAUAAUAGUAUUAAAAGAUUGGAGAAAGUUCAUAAGUUGAAAAUGGAUGCUAUUGAAUAAUGUGAUAAAAUAAGUCUUAAUCAAAGUAGUCGCAGUUCGGGAAGUAGGUUCUCAGUAUUUUCAAGGUUAUAAUUAGCAAUGACUAAAGAUAUCUCAAGAAAAAGUGACUAUAUCUAGCAGUAUAAAAACGAAAGAUACAAGAAAAAUCUUACUAUAUCUGAUGUAAAUUAGAUAGCUAAAUUUUCAGAAAACAAAGCAUCCUUGAAAUAGAUAGACGAAGAAAUUGAAAGUUCUGACUCCUCUGAAAGUAAAUCUCAAUCUUCAAAUGACCUUGAAAAUGAAGAAACAAAAUCUUUGAAAGAUAGUGAAAGUAGCUCAGAAGAAAUAAAAUCCAAAAGAGAGUUAUUAAAGAACAGCAAGAAAUUUAGGAAAUCAUAAACAGAGGAUAGUUAUAAUAAGAGUAAAAUUGAAAGAUUUCAAGAUCAUUAAAGUUCAAGAUAUAACAAAACAUAUGAAGAAAGCAGCGAUUCGUCUACAACUAAUUAAGAUUUUAAGACUAUUGUAGAUAAGAGAGCAGUUUUAAAAGCUAAAAAGAGAUUCAGUAACAUUUUUUCAAAGCGGCAUAAAAUGUCUUUUAGUUUGCAUCAAAGCAAUACCUUUAGAUAGGAGAUGGAAUAAUAGAAAAGAAAUGCUAAGAAGAUAAAUUAGAGAGUAGAUGGGAUGAAGGUAAUGAUGAGCAAAAUGAUGAAGGAAAUUUAUCGUAUCUCAGAUACAGUUCUUCAAAUUAAAGAUAGACUCCCACCUUGA